ACCCCACAAAUAAAAUCAUGAAAUAUUGGUUACAAACCCCAGAUGAAAUCCCUGAACGUCAUCAACUUACAUAUUUUCUUAAUAAGAUACCAAAUGUGAAAAUCCCUCUUUCCAAGGAAAAUUUCUCUUCAAUUCCAGUCAUUGGACCAUUUAGUAUAGACCCAACAGAACGUGAUAAAUAUUUUGUAGAGAGCAAAUCAGAAAGUUGUACUGCAUUUUUUACUGGAUUAAUAUCAAGCUUAAUUGACACUCCUCCAACAGGAAAAACAGAAGAUUCAUUUCACUCCUUUUGGGAUGCUAUUAUUAGCAAGUCACUACAAGUAUUUGGAAAAUAUUCUAAUGAAAUGCCAGCAAUGGAUUUUGAUCGUAAUACCUCUAGAAACACAACAACAGGUCUAAAUCGACCAGAUUUUGUCUUAUUAAUGAGAAACAUUUGUGUUAUUCGUGGAGAAGAGAAAGGAGAAGGUGGAAGAGGAGAACCUGCUAGGGAAUUAAUUGAUAAAUUCAAUACUUGGGAUUAUGGAGACACUCCAUAUCUCUUUGGAUACUAUGCCAAUACCACUGCUGUUACCUUUUGUGUUCUUUAUAUUAAUGAAAAAGAACCUAUUAAUAUCAAUAGUCAAAAGAGAAAAUGCCCAGACAUUUGUAGUGAGAGACUUGCAGAAUUUGAUUUAAACAAAUUAACACAUAGAUUCAAGUUAAUGAAUUUAAUUAGAAAUAUUUGUCGCAUACUACCUAUGAUAAUUAACAUGUGUCCUUCAAAAGAAUUGCCAGAUUUUGAAACCAUAAUAC